AAAACGCGUGAAUGCACCUAAUAUGAGAGUCGGCAUUAAGAUAGCUAGGACCCAUCCAAAUGAACCAUGCUUUACCUACCAAUUCAUUAUUUAUGUGUUGCUUCAUAUUCAAACUGCUUCACAACCUCUCAAGAACCAAGAAAAAAAAAUAGAUUCAUAUAUACAUUCUUUAAUUCUUUCCAUUUUUAUAGAAACACUCAGCUAGCUACUUAAAGUACUUGGUAUAUUGUGAAGGGGUUUUGGUGUUUAUUCUUUUAUCACUGCUCCAAUGGGGAAACUAGCUUUGCUUCAUCUGCUUUGUGGAAUCUUGACUUUUUUGGUUGUGGUAAAAGCAGAGGAUGCUUAUAGAUACUUCACAUGGACUGCCACUUAUGGAAUGGCUUCUCCAUUAGGUGCUUCUCAGCAGGUGAUACUUAUCAAUGGUCAAUUCCCUGGUCCUAAGCUUGAUCUUGUCACUAAUGAAAAUGUCAUCCUCAACUUGAUUAAUAAGUUGGACGAGCCAUUUCUCUUGACAUGGAACGGAAUCAAACAGAGAAAGAACUCUUGGCAAGACGGAGUUUUGGGGACUAAUUGUCCUAUUCCUCCAAACGCAAAUUACACUUACAAGUUCCAAGCUAAAGACCAGAUUGGAAGCUAUUCAUACUUCCCUUCAACCCAACUGCACAGGGCUGCUGGAGGUUUUGGAGUACUUAAUGUUUAUGCAAGAUCUGUAAUCCCUGUUCCAUAUGCAAAACCUGAUGGAGAUUUCAGUUUACUUAUUGGUGAUUGGUACAAGACUAGUCAUAAGGCAUUGCGACAAAUUUUGGAUUCGGGGAAGUCUCUUCCCUUCCCAGAUGGUCUCCUUAUAAAUGGUCAAAAGCAGUCAACUUUCGCUGGUGAUCAAGGAAAAACAUACAUGUUCAGGAUUUCAAAUGUGGGUUUCAAGACUACCAUCAAUUUCAGAAUUCAGGGCCACAAGAUGAAGCUGGUCGAGGUUGAAGGAUCCCAUGUCAUUCAAAACUUAUACGAUUCUUUUGAUGUCCAUGUUGGUCAAUCUUUAUCUAUCCUUGUCACAUUGGAUCAAUCUCCAAAGGACUACUACAUUGUUGCAUCUACAAGGUUCACAACGACUGUUCUUACUACCACUUCAGUGCUCCACUACACAAAUUCUCAAACACCCGUAUCUGGACCUGUGCCAGCUGGUCCAGCUGAUCAAUUUCAGUGGUCUUUGGUGCAAGCCAGAUCAAUCAGGUGGAAUCUGACAUCAAAUGCAGCUAGACCAAAUCCUCAGGGUUCAUUCCAUUAUGGAAAAAUUACACCUUCAAGGACAAUUUUACUUGCCAACUCUGCACCACUUAUCAGAGGGAAGCAGAGAUACGCUGUCAAUGGCAUUUCUUACAUCAAUCCUGACACCCCUCUGAAGCUUGCUGAUCACUUUAAUAUCCCGGGGGUUUUCACUUUGGAUUCCAUUCCAACUGCUCCAACAGCGGGUUCUCCAAACCUAGCUACAGCUGUGCUGCCAUCUUCUCUCCAUGAGUUCCUCGAAAUCGUUUUCCAAAACAAUGAAGACACAAUGCAAUCUUGGCAUCUUGACGGUUAUGAUUUCUGGGUCGUAGGUUUCGGAGCAGGUACUUGGACACAAGGUAGUAGAAAAGGGUAUAAUCUUGUUGAUACUCUUACUAGACAUACUACACAGGUUUAUCCUAAAUCUUGGACUGCUAUAUAUGUCUCCUUGGACAACCAAGGAAUGUGGAAUUUAAGGUCUGCAAUGUGGGAUAGGCAAUAUCUUGGACAGCAAGUUUACCUCAGAGUCUACAAUCCAACAGCCAGUUUAGCUAACGAAUAUGGCAUACCUACCAAUGCUCUCCUCUGUGGCAAAGCUGCUGGGCGACAUCUUUAAUUGGAUGAAGAUUAUUAAGUCAAAAUUUUCUUGGUCAUAAGAGGUUGGCUACAAGAGAUGCGGCAAAGAAACUACUUGCUUCUUAUGUUGUACUACAUAACAAGCAAAUCAAAUUAACUUACGAGUAUUUUGUGAUUGGUGGCCAAGUUUUUGUUGAACUAGUUCUGAGUUCCUGCCAGAUAGAUUCAUCAAAGGCAGCUGGGAGUCGGUUCAAUUGAACCUAACAUUUUUAAAGUAAUAUAUAAAUACUAAGUAUCGUGCCAUAUUCUCAAAGAA